AUGGCUCGAUCAAUACCCGUUGUAUUGAAAUAUGAUGAUCAUGGUCGUCGUACAUAUUUGUUAGAAUCUGAUGAAUUUGAAGACUUUAAUCAGCGAUUAUAUGGUGUUUAUGAAACAGUUAAUCAUAAUCAUAUCGACAUUUUCCAAUAUUUGGAUGAUGAUGAAUAUUUAGAUAUUACAAAGGGUUCAUUUUUCGAAUUAAAAUUUUUAUUUAUCGUUAAUCCGACCAUCAAAUUAAAAUGCAGAAUAUUAAUGAAAAAAGGUUUGAGUCCACAACAGCAACACGAUUUUCAAAAUGCACAAAAUUCAAGCAAUUCCGGUACGGUAACAAUUAUUCCUAUCCCAAACUCAAAGGUACCAAUAAGAACGACAACACCAACAACAUUAGCAACAGCAGAAAUAAAUACAACUGAAGAAAAUUUUGCGGAGAAAUUUUAUCCAAAUGGCUUGAAAAAUCAAUUUCUUGAUUCUUAUGAACAAUCAAAUAACACUUUCCAGCCGAAUUUUGGUAGAGUAACAACUGCAGAUACUGAAAUGCUCCUAUAUGAAUUCAACGAAACAAUUGACACCGACAACGAAAGCAGACUAAUGGAUAUGGAGACAGUACCAAUUAAUUUCCUGGACCCGGUAGAUGGGUAUGAAGCAAGCGAUACGCGUGGUCUACAGAAAACAAAUUUAUUACCAGUUACAUGGUGUGCUCAACAUGCACAAGCCGAUAAAAUAAACGAAAACACUCUACCGUUCAACAUCAUCUCCAGUGAGGCACAACAACAAUUUCAAACAACAACACUACAAACUAUAAAUGAUGGAAUGGAACGUCUUUCUGUAAUGAAUGAUGUUAAAGAAAAACAAGACAAACGGUAUUUGACAGACAUUUAUCCAGAUGCUACUGCAAAACAACCGUAA